AUGCCAUGGCCCAGGCCGUGGUCAUCCUCGACAAAGGAUAGGUCUGACUACCAGGGAUCUGUCGCCGAGAGAGCCACAGAAUCAUGGAAGUUAGAAGCAGCUGAGACCAUUCAGCAAGAACCUUCCAAAUCCGUCCCUUCACAAUUCAGAGCCUUCACUCAACCCGAAACAAUCCUUGCUGCAGCUGCACUAACAACAGCUUCCAUUGGCCUAUACAAAUUCUACACGUCCUAUCUCCGCAGAAUACCGCAAGCGAUGCACAUCAGUCCUGGGUUUUUUCGGCGGAGAAGCAUCGUGGGCCAAGUUACGAGCGUGGGAGAUGGAGACAAUUUCCGAAUGUAUCAUACGCCCGGGGGCAGAUUGGCUGGUUGGGGUUGGUUUCCUGGGAGGAACGUUCCAGCAAACAAAAAGGAUCUGAAGGACCAGACGAUACACGUCCGUCUUGCAGGAAUAGACGCCCCUGAACUUGCUCAUUUUGGACGACCUGCACAGCCAUACGCCCAAGAGGCGCUUGAGUGGCUCACCGCGUAUAUCAUGGGUAGGCGGGUUCGGACCUAUGUCUACAAGGCAGACCAGUACAGUAGGGUGGUGGGCACUGUCUAUGUCUGGAAAGGGCUUGUACGGCGCGAUGUCAGCCUGCAAAUGCUUCGAGCAGGCCUUGCUACCAUAUACGAAGCGAAGUCAGGAGUUGAGUUUGGCAGGGCAAGAGAAGAGAGGUACAGAAGGGCGGAGUGGUGGGCGAAGGCCAGGAGAAAAGGCAUGUGGGCUGGAAACAGAAAAGACUACGAAAGUCCGCGAGAGUACAAGACCCGGUAUGGGGUUGGAGCUCCUCAGGAUGACACGAAGCAAUGA